AUGCCAAGCAUUGACAGUGUGAAAGUGGCAGUUCGGGUGAGACCUUUCAGUCAGAGGGAGAAGGAUGCAGGAAGCCAGUGCGUGAUUUCUAUGAAUGCUAACAGCACAACCAUAUGCGAUCCUAAGAAUCCAGGACACGUGAAAACUUUUACUUUUGACUUGGCUUACUGGUCUCACAGUGGAUUUCUGAAGGAUGAAGAUGGCAGGCUUGUUUCAACAGGAUCCGAUAACAGAUAUGCAGGCCAGAGAGAGAUCUUUUGUGACCUUGGUCAAGGAGUUCUGGACAGUGCCUGGCAAGGUUAUAAUGCUACUCUUUUAGCAUAUGGUCAGACUGGUUCAGGGAAAAGCUAUUCUAUGAUUGGAUGUGGUGCAGACAGAGGAAUAAUUCCAAUUGUGUGCGAAGAACUCUUCAAAGCAAUUCAGAAUCAGGAACAAAACAAGCAAUACCAGGUUACUUUCAGCAUGCUGGAAAUUUAUAAUGAGCAGGUCAUUGAUUUACUGUCUAAAACUAAGAAACGUGGUGGACUUAAAGUGAGAGAAGACCACCAACAAGGCUUUUAUGUGGAUGGUUUGAAACAGGUGCCUUGUGACAGCUAUGCACAAAUUGAGAGGUUAAUGGAGCAAGGAACUAAAAUAAGAACCACAGCUUCAACCAGCAUGAAUGUUACCAGCAGUCGAUCUCACGUGGUCAUCACCAUCCAGUUCAAACAGAUUUUCCUAGAUGAAGAGAUUACCAAACAAUCUGUUAUAAAUCUGGUGGACUUGGCAGGAAGUGAAAGACAGAAAUCUUCAGGAUCCGAAGGAGAUAGACUGAGAGAAGGGACACAUGUAAACCUAAGCCUCACCAUGUUAGGCAAUGUCAUCAGUGCUCUGGCUGAGAUGGCUGUGGGAAAGAAGGUGUUACAUAUCCCGUACAGAGACUCAGUUCUAACAAAACUCCUGCAGUCUGCUCUGGGAGGAAACAGCAAGACUAUCAUGAUUGCAGCCAUAAGUCCAGCAGACAUGUGUUAUGAAGAGACUUUAUCAACGUUACGCUAUGCUGAGAGAACAAAAAAGAUUAAGAACAAGGCAGUGAUAAAUGCAAGUCCAACUGAGAAGCUUAUAAGAGAACUGAAAGCAGAAAAUAACAAGCUGUUGUCUAGACUGGCUGGGCUUACAAACUCAGGAAAAGCAGUAGCAGCUGAAACAAAAGAGCUGCAAUGUUUGCUGGCUGAAAAUGAACGGCACGCUCAAACUAUUCAGGUAACCUGGGAAUCUCAGUUAGAAGAAGCUCGAAAAGAAUGGGAACAGCAUUAUGCUGCAAUUACUCAAGAGAGAAGGAUGAUGGAGACAUUCCCUUAUCUCUUAAAUAUCAAUGAAGAUCCACAGCUUUCUGGGGUACUCAAGCACUUCAUUCAGGAUGGUGCAAGUGAUGUUGGUCAGUCAGCCUCAAAUGCAAUAGUCCUUAAAGGUCUGGGCAUUAUGGACAAGCAAGCUACGUUUACAAACACUGAUGGCAAAGUCGCCAUAACACCCUGGGAUAAGAGCACAGUCAUUGUUAACGGGGUGCCUGUCACUGUGAAAAUUAAACUGCAGCAUUUGGACCGUAUUAUUUUGGGGUCAAACAGUGCUUACCUCUACAUUGGACCUCCUGCAGAACGCACCAAUGAAGAUUUGCUGAGAUAUGAUUAUGAUUUCUUUCAGUCAGAGCUGGCAGCUGCAGGUGGCUUUAGCGUAGAUAAGCUUGGUGUUGUUAGUAAUAAGGAUGGCAAACCAGACCCCAGUGUUCUUGCAGUAUUCCAUGAUUAUAUCAAGCUGAUGCCUUUGGUUGCAGAAGCCAAUCAGAUGAGUGAGGAGCUGAAAAAGGAUCUCAAGUUUGAAUUGAAGGUGAAAAAUCUAGCAUCUUCAGAUUCCAGAGGUUAUGAUCUGCAAAAGGAAAUAAUAGUAAAAGUGAUGCACAAAAUUACUAAGCAGGUAUGGGUGUGGUCAAAGGCCAAGUUCAUCAACAGGAAAUUCUUAAUGGAGGAACUUUAUCAGCACUUUCUAGAUGGAGAGGACAUGCAUGUGGAGCAAGACAGUGAUCCAUUUUGGGAUCCUGUUGAGGUUAUUCAUUUAGGAUCUGCUCACAUUUGGCUUCAGUCACUCGCUUACUGCAUGAAGCUGGAAGAACAAACGGAGCUUCUGAACUUCGAAGGGCAGGAGGAGGCCGUUGUACUUAUAAACGUAGUGCCGUGUUCCAGUGAUGGAAGAGCCUUUGAAGAGGAUGAUAUGGUCAUUGACCCUUUGGAGUUGCUGGGAAGGCAGAUUGAUUUCCAGAUUCACAUUGUGCAGUGUCUUGGAGUCAGAUGGCUGAGAGACGUCCCUGACAGGGGGAUUCAGAUUGGGUACAGAUUUUAUGACCUUCCACGAUCUGUGUACACCAAGCCUGUCUGGAAAAAUGUGAAUCCAAAGAUAGAAGAGAGAACACGUUUCUCAGCCUUCACUGUAUCCCAUGAUUUUUUGAAUUAUUUACAGAAAAAUGCUUUAAUUGUUGAUCUCUGGGGCCUUCAAGAAGGGUGCACAGAGCUAGACUGUUCCCUCCAAGGCUGCAGUGUCACAAGUGAGGGCACCAUUAUUGUCGAUAGCCCAAAAGAUUUGAAUGCAUAUGAUGUUAGUUUGGAUGCACCAAACCAAAUGUCCAAACUCUACAUGAAGCUACUGAAGCUGGAACAAGAAACUGAGCUUCUGAGGGAUAUUAACAGAGCUCUAAGGGAAGAAAAUAUUUUUCUUAAGGAGCAGCUGAAGAAAUGGGACACAGGACACCAUGAAAGUAAGAAUAUGAAGCCACCUCACAAAUGGACUAUUAAGAUGACAAAACUACCUCUCUCAUCAGAAGGAACUGACCAGCUGUGCUGUCACCGGACCAGCUAUGACAGUGAAUUUGCUAAAGCUCUUAAGGUCUUCUAUCAAAAUAUGAAUGUAGUGGAAGAUAACUUACAGAUGCUGCGUCUUUUUACAGAGAGACAGUCAUGUAUGUUAAAAGAUUUUGGGGAGCAACUUGAAUCUAGCACAUGCAAGUUGAAAAAUGAUGUUGCUCUUAUAGUUAAGAAGAAGAGAGAGAGUAUAGCAUACAGCAAGCAUUGA